AUGGAUCCAAAAGAAGAGAAUGAAAUGACGACAGAACAGUUUCAGCGGGGAGUGCUGAACAUGAUAACACUUCAUCCGAAGAAUCGAUUGAUUGCGAACCUUGUCUUCGAGAGAAUGCCUAUGCAAGGAUUCAGAGAUGCCAAAAAUGUUCUGGCAUCAAGUGACGAAACGAAGAACGACUUUGACGGGCUUCUCAGCUUCAACGAUUGCCAGCUGUUUCUAAAUAGAUUUGAACGCGAAGAACCUCUUUUGAAGCUCGUCCGCGCCGAAUACGAGAGAAAUACCGAGACUCGACCUCCUCUUUCCGGCAUUCCACAGAUAAUGAAGCGACUCAAUCACUUGAAAAAGGACACCCAUAAGAUCUACGGGUCGUAUCUUUGUGAAUGGGAGAAAAAGGGAGCAUUACACAAAGGAAUAGUUUAUUCACGAGACGAUCACAGCUUCGAUCUUGACUACAAAGGAUCAAUUGAUUACUUCGUAUCAAACAAACAACUAUGCGAUUUGAGGAAAGAUUAUUAUGAAAGGGAUUCUUUGGAAGAACCCGGUCAAUUACACACAUUCUUUGGAGAUGAUCUCGAAGAAUUUAACGAAGCUUCUGAUGUUGUGUUGUUUGUUUAUUAUCUUGACCGAGAAGAAGAAGAUAUUGUCCAACCCGUCCUUAUAAAAACUAUAGAAGUCGGCCCAUAUGAAGAGCUUCAGGAGCAUAUCCUCAAUGGAAAUCUUGAUAUGAUCAUGGAAUCUCCAUUUACACAUUACAGAUUAUUCGAUCUAGUCGGUUCCAAACUAAUGGUUUUCAAUCGACAAAAAUCUUCGGGAGAAUUUCAUCACUACGAUUACUAUGAUCUGGAGAAAACGCGUCUUGAUCUUCCCGAUCUCGUUCAUAGCGUUGAUACUAUUCCGUUCGCCGUCUAUGACCGCGUUGAAGGAUGUAAGUUUUUCUGA